UUGAAGUAUAUAUAUUUUCCUGUUCAGCAGAUGCCAAAGAAGCUGAUGUACUUCCCAGAAGCAACGAUGCCCAAUGGAUCCUCCCUCCCGUUGCCUCCAAAUAUUCCAGUUCAACCCUCACCCCCAAUUUAGGACACCCCAAAGAAUGGGCCUUGGAAGCAGAGGAGAUCCAGAGGUCAAGGAUCAGCGUUGGGACACAAACAGAGGACCUUACGGUGCUGGGGAAAGACAGAGAAACAUUUCUGAGCAAUGGAGGUCUUCAACAGGCGGAGGAGACCUCAUCCACGAGGGGAAAGUCCUUUCAGGACUCUUCAAACGUUGGCGAGUUGGACUUGGCUGAAGUUCUCGGCGGUCGUGGCCCUUUCAGAGUGGCCAAGAACUCAUUUGGGUUGUUAACCGAGACAGAAAACACGACUUCCGAGCUACAGACGGUCCAGGAGAAUCCUGAAGCUCGCAGCGCCAACCAAUUUCCUUCCAGCACGGGUCUCCAGGAAGCUCAAGAUGUCGGAGAACCUCCGCCAGAGGCCACCAAGGAGAAACCUCCAAGCCCAGGGCAGCCACGGCUUGGGGGUCCUCCUCCAGGGCCGGGAACCCCCUCCCCAGAGCCCCCCUCCGAAGGGAGCAGCAGCAGCAGCACUGCGGCUUCCCCUGUCCCAGUCGUUCACAAUGUGAUGGCCACCAAAAAGGGGUUGGUGCGAAGAAACAGCUCUUCUGACAAACUGGCCAGGACCAAACAGCAUCUCCAGAAGAAAGCUGCUUCAACUGCAAAUCUUUUUAACCGGUCCAGCAGCCUCGAAAACAGAUCGAAGGAUCCCACCUUAAGUCCAGGACCGACAGGCUCUCGGCGUUUGAAUUAUAACCUGGAAGGACUGUCCAUCAAGAUGUUCCUGCGUGGCCGUCCCAUCACCAUGUACAUCCCUUCUGACUUCCAUAACUAUGAAGAUCUGCGCAUGGAGCUGCCAACUCAGAAGCUGCAAUUGGACUGGGUCUACGGUUACCGGGGACGCGAUUGCCGUUCCAACCUCUACGUCUUAACCUCUGGGGAGUUGGUGUACUUCAUUGCCUGCGUGGUGGUGCUUUACCACGUCCAACGGCGCACCCAGCGCCACUAUCUUCGCCACACUGACUGUGUGCGCUGCCUUGCAGUACAUCCCGACGGAGUCCGUGUGGCCUCGGGGCAGAUGGCCGGCGUGGACAAAGACGGCAAGCCGCUGCAGCCCUUCGUUCACAUCUGGGACUCCGUCACACUUCUGACCUUACAGCAAAUUGGUCUGGGCAGCUUCGAGAGAGGCGUCGGUUCCCUGGCCUUCUCCACAGCGGACGAGGGCGCCUACCUGUGUGUGAUCGACGAGUCCAACGAACACAUGCUCUCGGUGUGGGAUUGCGUCCGCGGCACCAAGCAAGCCGAAAUCAAGAGCACCAAUGAAUCCGUCCUGAUGGUGGAGUUUAAUCCCCAAGACAGCAGCAACAUCAUCACCGCUGGAAAGUCGCACGUCUAUUUCUGGACCUGGGUGGGAAGCAGCUUAACCAAGAAACAGGGGAUCUUUGGGGUAAAAGAAUCUUGG